CACUAGUGCCAUCCUCGGUCCACGCUGAACGAGGGACGCAGGGCUGAUGCACCUUCACCGGAUUUAUGGACUGGAUGUAUUGUAGCCGUAAACAACUUUGAAGUACUAUUUGAAAGGCUUUGCGGGUCUCCCGGCUGAAGAUGUUAAACCCGGCAAAUGGAGACCCCGUCCACGUCGUCACAAACUAUGUGGAAGAAUAUCUGGACUUGGUCGAGUCACUACCUUUCGACUUGCAGAGGAGUGUGUCUCUAAUGAAGGAAAUCGAUGCCAAAUAUCAAGAUGUGUUGCAAGAGUUGGAUGAUGCCUAUGAACGUUACCGUCGGGAGACUGACCCUCAGCAGCGGCGCCGACUACAGCUGGCUAUUCAGAGAGCUCUGAUCCGCAGCCAGGAGCUGGGAGAUGAGAAGAUCCAGAUUGCUGGUCAGAUGGUGGAGCUGGUAGAAAAUAGGUCCCGCCAGGUGGACUGGCACUCAGAACUCCUGCACACCACCCAGGAGACCCCUGAAAGUAACAUCCCCACGGCAACAUCUGUAACAACUCCCACGGCCUCCUCGAUGUCACCGUCCUGUGCCACCAUCACCCCGGGCAAGGCAGGACACCACGACAAGCGCCGCGAUGAAGUCACGCCAAGUUCAUGCAGCGUGGACAAGUCCAGCGGUAAACGUUCCAGGCGGCAGAAGAACGGCGAGAACAGGGAGAGCUACGGAGGUCUGGAUCCCAGCGAAGAGGCAGGUAUGGGGGCAUCCAGGGAGAAGAGGGCCAAGACCUCGAACAAGAAGAAAAAGAGGUCAAAGGGCAAGUCAGAGAGGGAGGUGUCACCGCCAGACCUGCCUAUCGACCCCGAUGAGCCCACAUACUGCUUGUGUGAACAAGUGUCGUACGGCGAAAUGAUUGGCUGUGAUAAUGAUGAGUGUCCAAUCGAGUGGUUCCACUUUUCCUGCGUGGGACUGCAUCACAAGCCCAAAGGGAAGUGGUUCUGUCCCAAGUGUCGGGGGGAGAAUGAGAAGACCAUGGACAAGGCCCUGGAGAGGGCUAAAAAGGAGAAAGCCUACAACAGGUAGCUACUUUGUCUGGGCCUUUGGACAAUCUGUUGUCUUGUCAGUUCUGUGUUUAUUGUAUUUUUCUACUCCAAUUUACUAUCAAUGCUGUUGGAUGGCAAAAGUUACGAAUUGGAAAAGAGAGGGACGUCUUGACAAAUGUUAUUUUUGUACAUCUGAAGUCGCUAUUCAGUGACUGAAAUUGUUCUCCCUCUGGUCAUCAUCAUAUGUGUAGUUAACAAAAUGCAAUGCAACCCCACGUGAAUGAAAGAAAACUGCCCUGCACUUACACACCUAUGAUUCAUAUUGACUGCUACAUCAUGCAUGCAUCCUUGCCACUAGCCAUAUUCUGUUACCAUGCUUCAUUCAACAAAUAAAACAUUGAAAUCAA